CAAGGUGUUUAAAGUAGACAGUCAUUAAAGAGCUGGAACCACCAGAGCCAGAAUAACUGCUAAGGGACAUGCAAGGCAAAUAAACACUCUCACCUUCCAGCAAAGCAAACCCAGCCAAGCCUGCAAACUGCUGCUUAAGGUGAAAUGUGCUAGAGAACUCACCCACGAAUCGAAACAAGAGCCGCAUUUCAAAGAUGGGGAAUGAAUUAUCAGCUACAGAAAAUGCAGAGGGCAAUGAGGGCGAGACUUUUGAAACACAGGCUGAACCUACUGUUGGGAAGCUUCAGAAUGGAAGUGCACAUGUGCAGCCCAUUGAAAUUUCAGAGCGCAACAACAUUGCUGACUGUAAAGCAGAUGUUAAACAGAACACAGAGCUCUCCUCAUCACAGAAGACAAUGGAGAUGAGUUCCAGUUCUGGGCAAGAUGGAAACAAUGCAGGGAAGAAUGCCAAGACCAUGCCAGCUGCCAAGUCUCGUUUCCCACUGUCAUUCUCCAAACCAGUACCAGUCCGUUCUGAAGCCCUCGCUGCCAUUGAUUCAUCAUCAUCAGAGCUGGCCAAGCCUUCCAGUGGCCCAGAAAACCCUCCUGCAAACCAGUUCACUGCCGAGAAGACUGUGCAGCCUCAGCUGUCCGCCCCAGAGCGAGAGUCAGUCAAGGUAGAAGAGUGUCCUCCGAGCCAGUCCUUGCUUCUUGAUGUGCCCUUGAAAGAGUCUAAAGAAUCUCCAAAGCCUAAAGAGAUCAGCUUCUUUGACAAACUGUUUAAAACAUCAGACAAAGGGAAGGAAAGCAGCAAACCUGUGGAUGAAACCCGGCCGGAGUUGAACACUGCGGAAAGCAAAGGUUCAGCUGCUACUGGGACUGCCAAUGAAGUGGUUCAAGUACAACUGAAUAAUGUGCAGAGGGCUGAGCCUGGAGAAGGCAGCAGCAUUUCUGUAAGGCUUCAGAAUUCCCAGAGCGAGGCCACCGACAAAAUCAGGGACUCCCCUGAGGAUCCAGAAAGCGACCAGGACAGUUCAGGAGACGAGACCGCCUCAGAAGACAAUCCAGUCAUGAACUUUUUUAAAACCCUUGUUUCUCCAAGUAAAUCAUCCAAAUCUGAUUCUGAAUCUCAAGAUUCUCCAAAAGAAAAGAAAAAAGGGCUAGAUUCUAAGGAAGCGAUGGCCGAGAAAGAGCAGAAAGCAUCAAAAGUGGAAAAGGUACAAGUCGGCCUGCCUGUAGCUCAGCAACCUCCAGCUAAACAAGAAACACAAUCUGCAAAAGAGCAAGAGCCUCCAGGGAAACAGAAGACAGACAAGGAGUCCUCACCCAGUCCAUUCAGUAAGCUUUUCAGGCAAAAGUCCAUGAAGGAGGGGUCACAGGCGGCCGAUACGAAAGCAAAUGCAGAGCAGGAAGCAGAAGCAGCCCCAGAUGUAAAAGCUGUGAAAGCAGUCCUGUCGCAAUCUGCCAAAGGGGAGAGCAAAGGGACAGAGUCAGCAGUCAAAUCCCAGAAGAUUGGCCAGGCCGAGGGGCAGCAGGAAGGACAGGAGGCUCAGACACAGCAGAAACCAGCUAAAGAAGUCGCAGCCAGCCCCUUCAGCAAACUCUUUAAACAAAAGACAGUAGAGGAAUCACAGACUGCAGUUGCAAAGGUUGAAGUUGACGCUCCAGCAACCACCUCUGUCACUUCAAAUACUAAAACAGCAGAGAACUCAACUACAGUAGCCAAGGAAGGAGCUAAGAGCAAACCUGCCAAAUCAACCUUCAUGUCUUUCUUUAAACCGCUGUCGGUCAGAGAGGAGGAAAAAGUUGCUUUGGAAGUAAAUGGAAAGGAUUCGGAGCAGACAGCACUGGACUCCAAAAGCAAAGCCAUGGCGCAGGAGAAGCCGAGUGCAGUCCCAGAAGCAGAGGAGAAAGCCCCCCCGCCCGAGGUUAGCAAGAAGAAGAGUGGGAAGCAGGAGAGCCUGCAGAAACCCAAAGCCAUGGAGGCAUCCCAGGACAGCAAGUCUGUCUCGGAGACGUCCCAGAAUGGGGAGGAGAUCACCAAGGACGCCCCCAGGAGGCUGGAGAAGAGACCUUCCAUUGGAGGCUUCUUCAAAGGCUUGAAACAGGGUUCUAAAAGGAUGUCAGAUGUUGGGGUACAAACAGACCCUGUGUGCAUCGCUCCUGCUCAGAAAUCAAAGUGAGGACAACCCAGGGAGCUGCUGAGAAAACCCCAAGAGCAUGCAGACUGUGAACUGAAUCUGUGCUGUGCACAUCUGUAUCUGAUGACCACUGAAGUCAAUAAGCAGCAGGGUUAAAGGGAUGUGAUUGUUGGAUGAUAAACACAGGAUAAGGUUAUACAAAAGAGGAAGAGAGAGUGGUUUCUGAAAAGGUAAAAAAAAAAUAGGAUUGUCUCAAAAGAAAUGUAGUUGGUCUGUGGUCUUGAUAUUGAAAGUGAUGGGCACACAAUUAUAAUCAAAUGUAAAGGAAUGGAUUUGGGGGGGGGGGGGGG